CAUUGCUGCAUUGUCUCCAAAGCUCCAUUAACAUAUAGUGAUGUCAACUUCAAAGACCAUAGAAAACCCUUUUAGAUAUGAGCCCAUCGUUCAUACACAAGCCGGUUUCGCUUUGCUUCAAAGGAACCUAUCCCCACCGCAGCCCGGUGAGAGGCGAGGGAGACGGAAACAGGCCGAACCGGGACGGUUCCUCGGCGUCCGGAGGCGGCCUUGGGGCCGUUAUGCUGCCGAGAUUAGGGACCCCACGACGAAAGAACGGCAUUGGCUCGGCACGUUCGACACUGCUCAAGAAGCAGCCCUUGCUUAUGACCGGGCUGCCAUUUGCAUCAAAGGGGCUCAAGCGAGGACCAACUUCGUUUAUUCGGACAACUCUUGUUUUCAACUUGUGUCCCCCUUUGAUCGGUUUCUUACAGGCUUCCAAAAUCAACAACAACAACAAAAACAACCGGUUAUCAAUCAUGUUGUUAACAAUGGAACUAUAUUACCGAUCAAACCUAAUCAAAAUGAUCCAUCAUCAUCAAUUUCAUCAUCAUGUGGUUCAUCAGCUGAUGAUAAUGGAUUCUUUUUCUCUACUGAUACUAACUCAGGUUACUUGUCGUCCAUUGUUCCUAGUAGCUGUUUGAAUCCGACGACGACUACGACGAAUCAAACAAGCUCCCAUGUUCCUUCUAUCCAACAAAACAUCCAUGAAAACCAAUCAUGUUCUGGUAAUAGCUUUGUUCUUCCUAUAGAUGUUACAAGCCUUGAGUUUCCUGGUUUUGGUGAUGUGAUGAGCUUUGAUGAUCAACAACCAUGGGAGCUCUCGGAUAUCGUAAAUCCGCCAUUGAUUGAUGAAGAAGGUUGCAUGGAAGCUUUUUAUCCUUACAAUGACAACCCCGUGAUUCUGCAACAACCUUCUUCAAUGUCUCCUUUAGACGAUGUUUUCGACUCUGGGUAUUCGCUUUUCUGA